AUGGAAUUGCGAGCUUUGUGUGUCAUCGUCUUGGUGGCAAUCCUUGCCGUCAGCUCUCAGGCCGCCAAGAACAAGAAAGACAAAGGUAAAAAAGGCGGAUCGGACUGCUCAGAUUGGAAGUGGGGCCCUUGCGUCCCCAACAUCAAGGACUGUGGUGUGGGAACUCGGGAGGGGACAUGCAAAGAAGAGACAAGCAAACUAAAGUGCAAAAUUCCAUGCAACUGGAAGAAACCCUUUGGAGCUGACUGCAAGUACAAGUUCAACAGCUGGGGCGAUUGCAACACUGAGACCGGAGCAAAGAGCCGCACUGGAACAUUGAAGAAGGCCUUGUACAACGCAGAGUGCCAGCAAAAUGUUGAAGCUACCAAACCCUGCUCUGCCAAAACCAAGUCCAAAUCCAAA